UCUGGGCAGCCUGCAUGAUUUUAACGUUUAAUGGACUACAGGCACUGGUUCCCAGUCCAGGCCCUUCCACAUGGACAGAAGGACAUGAUGGUCUGAACGACGCCCCCGCCCUCCUGGGAACCCAAACCACACCGCUAACCACAAAAAGCGUCACAGCUCAGGAGAAAUCAGACCUGUGUGAACUGUACCGCUCAGUAUGUAACCAGUCACAACUGCUCACGGCCCAGUGCUAUCAAGCUUUACUCCCGUACUGCGGAUUAAAUUUUAGAGAGGAAAUGGCUGCUAUCAACAACUCCGACUGGUGUGUGUGGGACACGGUGAAAAAUCCCUAUAACAAGUUCACGGUGUGCACGGAGACGGUGGCAGAGUGCCUGCUGUUUCCAUGGCCCAACAGACAGGUGGAGAAGCUCUUUGUAAAAAUCCACUCGCAUUAUUUCCAGGAUUGUCCCACAGAGACGCUGCGGGAUCCACCGCCCAACGUCAUCUUCGCCCUCGUCGUGACCCCCAUAUUACUCAUACCGGCCAUGGUGGUCUUGGUGGUGAUGAAGACCAAAAACGGUGACAGGAGGUCGUAAAGCUGACCUCUGGCCUCUGGAAUUCUGGCUUAAUUUCUGGCUGUGCCUCAGCAUUUAGCCCUUGGCUGCCUAAAGCAACUGGAUCUCAUUUACUCAGGUUUACUGUAUGCAAAAUUGGUUCCAACUGUGUAGUGCUGUGUGCUUACGUAUUUUCCCUACAGAUAUUCUGAACAGUGUUAGGAUAAGUUAAUCAGAAUUACUGACAAAUAGUUGACGAAAGUUUUUUAAGUGGAUGACCAAUAUAUAUUUAAUACUGAUAUUUACAGAGCAGUCAGAUCAAAUCAGAUUUAAUAGCAAAGUGCUGACCGAGCCUGGUGUGACCCUCCCUUAAUGAAAGAAUCAUCGAGAGGCUCCAUGGGCAACGUACAUGAAGCAUCUCAUUGAUGACUGUGAAGUAAAACUCUUGUUUUUACAGCUCUGGUAUUACACCAGUCAGCUUGCUCCUAAAAACCCUAAUGUACCUGUUCCCCUUUAAACAUAAACACCAUGAAGUGCUCUUGCACCCUAUUUUUUUAACUUUAAUGAGCAAUAGAAGGCUUAUUCUCUGUACUGUAGGACUGUUUAUGUUCUAAUGACUAAUUUUAUUUGGAUUUUAGUCGAACGACAACGGCCGCUUGGCUGGAUCAGAUACGAUUGUGAUGAUAAUUAAAUUUUAUUGUUUAUUUCUAUCGGGACCCAAGUCAUUACCACUGACUGCUGUUUGUAUUAUAGGACGACCAGGAGAGAAUUUUACCAUCAUGUGUUUCUUCAUACAUGCCUUAUUUGUUCUUAUUUUGGCAGGUUUCUGUCUGUGGAGGUUUAAUAGAAAUGACCUGACAGCAGGAACAUUCUUAGACAUAACCACGUCUACUAAAUGCAGUGAUUUCACAUUAUUCAUUUUUUCAAUAUGGUGAACCUCCUGGUUUUAAAAUAGAAACAAUAGAAACCUUUUAGUCAGCUGUAUAGAAUCUGAUCAAAGGUGUUAGUGCUGGCACAGUCCUGAGCAAAGUCUUAAACACUGCUAAGAUACUUGGAUUGAAUCCUGUCACUUGAGCUGAGAGUCAAAGCUUUCCAACAGUGAUGGAUCGACCGGUCAUGUUUCUAUAUACAGGUGAGAUUCUGGGGAAACUGGACCCACUGUGACCCUGACCGACCAGUAUCAGAGCUGAGUUUCGAACUCACAAGCCUGUGUUGUCGCUGCCCCACCUGGUCACUUAUUAUAAAACUAGUUCUAUAAAAUAAAUGAUAUACUUCUGAAAUUAAGGCAUCAGUUUGGGGAAGGCUCUUCUCUCUUCUAGCAUGAUGUUACAAAGUGGGGGGUAAACUGCAUAUUAUUGCCUGUGGUUGUGAAAUGGAAUGCUUAACAAACUCAAAAUCAUGAGUCCAAAUACUUUUGGCCAUAUAGUGUGUUGUAGUGUUGGACAUUUAAUGCAAAUAUGAAGAAAACGUGACAUUUUGAGCUGAAAUUCUCUCUACAGAGCAACGUAAACAUCUCAGUGUUUUAUUGUACUGUAUAUGUAAACGACAUUGCAGAGUCUGCAGGAUCAUCUCAGUGAGCAGCUACGUGAAUGUCCGUGGUUUUGAGGCGGCGAGUUCUCUGCAUGCAUAGAUUAUAUACUUAUAAUAUUUUAAAAUUGUUUUAAAGAAAAGAAAGCAUCUGACGAAAGAGUCGUUCACCUGUGAAAGACAACAUAGCUGCUUAGGCAUUUAAAAAAUAAAAAUAUAUGUAAGCAGUUCACAUAGAGAUGCAGUCAGCAAUUUUCAUGUUUAAAUAUUAUAAAGGAAAAAUCAGUCUCUAUACUGAAAAACAAACAAACAAGCUGAUAAUCAACAUCCAGCUAAUCACUGCAAGGAGGCGUCUCUAAUGGCCUGACCAUCAGGAUGAGGCUUUAAAAGACGGGUGCAGCUGAUAGAGUUGCACAACUGUCCAGAGACCUGAGUUUAAUACUCGUCUCUGGUCACUGCCUGCGAGGAGCUUUGGAUAUCCGUUCAGGUUUCCUACUUAUAGUCUGGUUUUCUACUCACUGGAGCCUAUCCUAGCUUUUCAAUGGGCGCAUGGCACACAGUAACACCCUGGAAGGGGCGACAGUCCAUCGCAGGGCAGACACAAACACAUUCACCUAUAGGGCAAUUUAGUGUCUCCAAUUAACCCGACUGCAUGUUUUUGGACUGUGGAAGGAAACCGGAGCUCCCGGAGGAAACCCACACAGACAAGGGGAGAACAUGCAAACUCCACACAGAAAGGACACGGACCGCCCCACCUGGGGAUCAAACCCAGGACCUUCUCACUGUGAGGCGACAGUGCUAACCCACAGAGUUACCGUGCUGCCCCCGGUUUUCUCCAAAACAUCUCUCAAAAACAUACUUGUUGGUGGAUUGGCAGAUCGAAACUGGUCCUAGUUGUGAGUCAUUGUGUGUUGCCCUGUGAUUGUAAGUCUUGCAGGAUGGCAGUGGAUUUGGAUUUAAAGUUGCACUUAGCUUCAGAUAACUGCAAAAAAUGUUCUCCUUUUGAUUCUUUGACUUUGUGAUGCCAAGUGCUAGUGUUCGAAAACCUGCUCAUACUUUUAAAAUUAAAAGAAAUGUAAAUGAUAAACAAAAACUCGUCCCGUAUUUUCUAUGUUUAUUUUGCACAUGUAAUGACGUAUGAAAUUGUGCUUCCAGUAAAACUGUUUUAUUUUUAAUCUGGUCUGUUCUGUGGAACUGGCGUUUGGUUUGUUCUGCACUACUAGUAUAAUAACCUGUAAAUGAUCUUUUCUACAUUUCCCCUGGUGACACUCUUGUUAUAAACAGACUUUUACAUUUAAUAAAUGCUUUUUUUACAUUUCA